GUUUCUUAUUUUUUUUAUAGAAAGAAAGAAAAAGGAAAACUUUUGCCUCUAAAUCUUCCACAGAAAUGGGGCAGGAAAUUAGUGAAUGGAACAACAGCCUUAUAGAUAACAAGGAGAACUGUUCUACUUGGUUCAUUGUUAUCAUGGUGCUUGCCGCCCUUCCCAUGUUUUGUUACAAAACCACCCAAGGACCCUUCAUGAAAAUAUUAUCAGAAUUUACAAUCAGAUGCGAAAUACCCGAGCUAGAGUCGAAAGAUUGGAAUCCCGAACAAAUUAGAAAUAUAUCUGCUCCAACAGAUAUGGUAUCAGAUAGCUGUUCAACUCUGAAUAUUGAUUACAAAACCAUAUCACAAAUGAGUUACCAAGAUGCAUUGAAGUAUGUGAGAAAUUUGCAAANAACAAUAACUCGAAAUUUUUACAAAAAUCACCGUUUAAGAAGUGAAAUCCACGUCAAAAUCCACACAGUAUUUUUCAUCAAAAGUCGCUAG